GAAAAAUAAGAAUAAUAAUAAAAACAAGAAAAGAACAUAAGAACAGAAACGGUAUCGAACAUUUGUUGGCUCGAAGUAAAAGAACAAUAAGUAAACGCGUCGAAUUCAACUGUUUCUGACGGUCCUUUUGGCAAACUCGUUUUUUGAGCAAGCAUUCCGACGGCGUCCCAGUCGAUUCCGCGACUGCCGCAGAUCGGCAAGACCAGCCCCAGGGCAGGUGAGAUGGCCGAGAUGCUCAAUCUGGACAAUAUCAUUGGUCGGCUGCUGGAGGUGCGCACAGCCCGUCCCGGUAAGAAUGUCCAGCUGACCGAGACGGAGAUUCGCGGCCUGUGCCUUAAAUCGCGCGAAAUUUUUCUCGCCCAGCCGAUACUGCUGGAGUUGGAGGCGCCCCUGAAGAUCUGCGGCGAUAUACACGGCCAGUAUUAUGAUCUGCUACGUCUGUUCGAGUACGGCGGCUUUCCGCCGGAAUCGAACUAUCUAUUCCUUGGCGACUAUGUGGACCGGGGCAAACAAUCGCUGGAGACGAUCUGUUUGCUGCUCGCCUACAAGAUCAAGUUCUCCGAAAAUUUCUUUUUGCUGCGCGGCAAUCACGAAUGCGCCAGCAUCAAUCGCAUCUACGGUUUCUACGAUGAGUGCAAGCGACGAUAUAGCAUCAAGUUGUGGAAGACGUUCACGGACUGUUUCAAUUGUCUGCCAGUUGUGGCGAUUGUCGAUGAGAAGAUAUUUUGCUGUCAUGGCGGGCUGAGUCCCGAUCUAACAUCCAUGGAGCAAAUCAAGCGGAUAAUGCGUCCCACAGAUGUGCCCGAUCAGGGCUUGUUAUGUGAUAUACUUUGGUCCGAUCCGGAUAAGGAUACAAUUGGCUGGGGCGAGAAUGAUCGCGGUGUUAGUUUCACCUUUGGCGCUGAGGUUGUUGGCAAAUUUCUGCAGAAGCACGAUCUUGAUUUGAUUUGUCGCGCCCAUCAGGUGGUCGAGGACGGUUACGAGUUCUUUGCCAAGAGGCAGCUGGUCACACUCUUUUCGGCGCCCAACUAUUGUGGGGAGUUCGAUAAUGCUGGCGCCAUGAUGUCCAUCGAUGAGACGCUCAUGUGCUCCUUCCAGAUCCUCAAACCCGUCGAGAAGCGUAAAAAGUAAUGAUGAAUAGAGAAAAGCCCCCUCCCCUCCCGACCCCCUCUCCGCUGAUCCGUGAAGCCCAGCCCGAUGUGCUGUAACUGUUUUUUACUUGAACAUUGUAAGGAUUGUAGCCCCAUUAGAAUUAUAAUAACUAGCCGAUAACUAAUUCAUUAUUAAGCUUUUCGGAGAUGCUACAAAUAUUUCAAGACUUUCGAAUAAACAUUUGUAUUGAAUUCAUGAAUAAACAAAAUA